AUGUAUCUAGCAGCAGGAGAAAAGUCCCUGCGUGGUGUGGCAUAUAUGCCCCAAGCAGGGGCAUCACGCACACGCGCUGUUACUGGAAUUCUUGCAGCUGCUACUACUACUACUACACGCACAUACAAUUUAAUUGCUGUCGCUACUCUAUCGCUCUCUACAUCGUGUGAUGGGGAACUGACAAUAAUGACAGUGGAAGAAGGUUCAACCCCAAUGACAGUUGGGCGUCGUACAUUCUCGUUAAGUAUGGAGUCUGGGGAUGGAAUCGCUAAAGUAGUAUGGGCAGGCCUGACGGUGAUUGCUUUGAUGAGCUCCGCAGGAGAAGUGAUAUGCCUAUCAUCAGGAAUGCAAGAUGAUAGUAAUAAUAGCGAUAAUGAUGAUAAUGAAAGCAACAGUGAUAACAGUGAUAUAGGGGAAAUUGAAGAGUUACUUUUACGUGCUGAAACCCAUGCUGUAGAUAUCUGUGCUUUAACAGUCCUUGGUUGUCCUGUAGUUGUUGUUGCUGGUCAUCAACGAAUACACAGUUUUGCAUUUCCGACACAAUCUACUAGUGGUAAAGUAAACCCGGAAACUCAUGAAUUUAAUAUUGGUCCUUUUAACACUAUUGCUGGUGUUUCACAAAAAUCUGUUGGGGCAGCGCUUCUAGUUGGUUGUACUCUUGGAAGUGUAACAGUAUUUGAGUGGGAAUCCCAUUCUGUUUCUCCUGCACCUCUUCGCUGUAUUAUUAUGGGACCAUCUACACGUUAUAUUGGUAUAGCAUCUAGUUCCUGCUAUCAAGUUAAAACAGGGUAUGAAACCACAUUUUGUGUAUUUGGUGAGACAGAAAAGAAAAAAGAAAAUAAAAUUUUACAUCUUCCUACAUUAUCAUUACAACGUUCAGAUGGUGUUCCCUUUGAAAUAAUGGAAACGGAUAAUUCAGAGUUUGCGUCACAACUUCCUUCAUGGAAUGAUGUAUGUCGUUCUUCGGUAUCCAGACCACAUAUUAUUGGAGGAUCAUCACUCUUAAUUGCUCAACCACAGAUUGGAAUGGAUUAUGUAGUUCCUCAUGUACUUUGUAUAAGAGUUUCCCAAGAAAAAUCAAAGACUUCUAAAGUGGCCCAUUUGGGGAAGCAAAACGUUAAAUCUGUGGAAGCACUUUCUUCUGUUGAAUUUAAAGUAAUAGAAGUACUAUCUCCAGAGUGUGAACAUGUACUUGCAAAACUUGGUUCUUCUGUUAGUGUAAUUCCUCUACUACGGCGUACAAAUCACUGUGAUUCUCAAGACUAUGAUACAUUUUGUCUCUUUGAUGGAAAAUGUGCUGCUUUUUUUGGCUGCAAUGAAGAGAAACUUCAGUUAGAGUCUUGUGGUGUCAUUAAACCAAACGCUCCUACUGAAUGGAUGGCUGGGGUGGCGUGGACUCCACAGUCAGAUGAUGUCCUUAUGCUCUCUGGUACUCCCCUCAACGCCGAUGAUGAACAGCGGCAACAGCCAAACACAGAGAACAAUACAAACAAGAAUAACACAAACACAAGCCGUAAUAAUGCGACGGUGUGUGUUGUUGGAAAUCUUCGUGUAACCCGCGCUGUGCCGCAGGUGCGACGUGUUGGCAGUUGGCGGCGGCGUGUAGAGCGACGACUGGCGGCGGUGGAAAGAGCGGUUGGAGUUCUUUUGCGAAACCGCGGCCGUCGUCGUCCACUUGUGCGAUAUCCAGCACUUUAUCCUUAA